AUGGAGACUACCAUAUUACCCGUAGACCCGAACAACCUGGGAGAUCUGAGAAUAGAGGAGGCCGGGAAGGAAGGACGGUUGAUCGAGGACUGGAACAUGGAGUACGCACAAGGACAAGACUUCAAUAGUCUACAGCGCGCGGCCAGAGAGUUGAAAGAGACGGACACACCCGUUGCCUUCCCGACAGAAACAGUCUACGGACUCGGAGCAGACGCGACACGCAGCUCAGCCGUGCGAGCUAUCUUCGCUGCGAAGGGACGCCCGGCGGAUAAUCCUCUCAUCGUACACGUUCACUCACUAUCACAACUACGGUCUUUACUUCGAGGAAACGCAAAAGUCACGGAGACUACGACAGAACCCAUUCCCGAGGUUUACAAGCCCUUGAUCCAGAAGUUUUGGCCCGGCCCCCUUACGAUGAUCAUGCCCAUCCCUGAGGACUCGCAACUAGCACCAGAAGUCACUGCAGGACUAAACACCUUCGGCGCAAGAAUGCCGCGCAGUAUUCUCGCGCUCGCGCUCAUAAGAAUGUCUAACGUCCCGCUGGCAGCGCCCUCGGCGAACGCAUCGACCAGGCCGUCACCCACCGCCGCAGAACACGUCAAAGAUGAUCUCGAAGGGCGAAUAUCCACGAUCAUAGACGGCGGUCCAUGCGAGGUCGGCGUUGAGAGCACAGUUGUAGAUGGCCUGUCGCAUCCGCCGAGUAUUCUCCGCCCGGGAGGCGUCACGGUCGAACAACUGCGGCAGUGUCCAGGGUGGGAGAACGUGGUUGUAGGAUAUCAAGACAAGCAUGAGCAAGGCAUCAAGCCGCGGGCGCCGGGCAUGAAGUAUAGGCAUUACUCGCCCAAAGCGACGGUGGUGCUGUACGAGGCAGGCACGCCGGCUCCGGACGCGGAGCAGUUGUUGAAUAAGGUGUUGGGACGGAAGAGUGUGGGGAUUGUGCGGACGAAGAAGUGGGCGAGACAUCUUGGACUCUCCGUUACUAAUGCUGCUGAUGCGCAUGUGAACGGGGGUUCAGACUCAAUACCAAAAGCGCACCAGCAGGGGUCGUCACCAAGCCCCGAAUCGAACCUUCUCCGCUCCAUUAAACAGCAUCAGGUUCCUCAUGCGUUGCACAGCACAUUCGAUCGCGGAGCAGAUCAGGGUCACCUGUCCAUAUGGGACAUCGGCCUAGGAACAUCAACCGAAGACGUAGCGAGAGGAUUAUUCUCAGCGCUUCGAGAGCUAGACAAGAAAGGCGUGGAUAUCAUUCUUGUCGAGGGCAUCAAUGAUACAGUAGGAGAUAAUAUAGCGGCGGCGGUUAUGAACCGCCUAAGGAAGGCCGCUGAGAUAAGAAUCUAA